UAGCGGUGGUGGUAGGUGGUGGCGGUGGUGGCGGUGGUGGUAGCGGUGGUGGUAGGUAGCGGUGGUGGUGGUGGUGGCAAGAGGCCAUGGCGGGCACCCGCGACGAGUCGGUGCUGUGCCUCUUCGACGUGGACGGCACCCUGACGCCGGCGCGCCAGAAAAUUUCUCCGGAUAUGCAGGAUUUGCUGCAGAGGCUGAGGAGACAAGUUCGAGUCGGGGUUGUGGGUGGCUCCGACUUUUGCAAGAUCAUCGAGCAGCUGGGAGGUAGCGAGGAUUAUGUGGUGAACCAGUUUGACUACGUGUUUGCGGAGAACGGUCUGGUGGCAUACAAGGAGGGUCGUCUCUUUGCCCAACAGAGCAUCCAGAGUCACCUGGGUGAGGAGAUCCUCCAGGAAUUCAUCAACUACUGCCUCGCCUACAUGAGCCACAUCCGCCUGCCUCGCAAGAGGGGAACGUUCAUCGAGUUCCGGAAUGGCAUGCUCAACGUGUGUCCCGUGGGGAGAAGCUGCACCCAGGAGGAGCGACUCGAAUUCUACGAGCUUGACAAGAAAGAAAAUAUCCGACAAAAGUUCGUUGAAGACUUGCGGGAAAAGUUUGCCGGGAAGGGUCUGGUGUUCUCGAUAGGAGGACAGAUCAGCUUUGACGUGUUCCCUGAGGGAUGGGACAAGCGCUUCUGCCUCGGCCUCCUGGCUCCCGACCGCCUCCGCACCGUGCACUUCUUCGGAGACAAAACCAUGGCGGGUGGAAACGACCACGAGAUCUUUCACGAUGAGCGGACGAUCGGACACACGGUGACGUCUCCAGACGACACGCGCCGGCAGCUGGAGGAGCUCUUCUCUCUCAGCUGAAUGUGGCCUACCCCGGGGAUGAACCUAGGGGAUAACCUGAAGAAAGACCCAGGGAUAACCCAGUACUAGCCCAGGGGUAAGCCAGAGAGAACCGAAGGACAAUGUAGGGAUAACCCAAGAGUGACCCAGGGAAUAUCCAGGAACAAUUGGAAUGAACCCAAGGACGAUUGGGGAAUACUUUGGAACAACCACGAUAUAAAGAGCAUGAAAUAUAAAUAUUUCAUUCCAUUACAUUUGUAAUUGGUAUCUACAUUACACACAGACACAGUUAAUAGAUAAUUUGAAUCUCAUGAUAUUUCCCCAGGCAGUUAUUAGUAAUUUUAAUAAAUGUCUGUCCAUCUCUGCGGUGACCAACGGUCACUCGGUCGAUGAUCUGGGGCUGGUGUGGAUGAUGGGGGCGAAGCUGGUGAUUAUUGGUGCAUAUAGAAAUUAAGUUAACAUCGCCUCCCCCCCCCACCAAGUUUCAAUAUAAAAGUUAUGGAAACGGCCGCUGCAGGGGCUUCAUACACCUGGCCACCCUUGGUGGUGGUGGUGGUGCUGGUCACGCUUAUAGCGGUUUUAGUAGUGGUGGAGGUGAGAGAUGUAACAAUGUAGCGACGGUGGUGGUGGUCAAUUUAUUUACGUAUAGGUGAUCAAGGGGAAGACCUAAGAGCAGAUGGUGGGAGUCUAAACGAAACGACUGAACUUAUUGUUUAUUUUACCAGGAUCAGGGCCCACUGAGCCAUGAAGCUUUUUUACAGAAGUGACCUGGCUAUCACAAACGAUAGCUCAAAUAAAGUGGCCUAUCAUGUGGACAUUUAUAGCAGCCGAAUAGUCUUUAAACGCACGUUUAUAAAUUUGGAGGAUAAAAAUCUGAGGACCCGGAGAAAAAUCCACACGACCACGGGGAGAACAUGGGCGUCUGGGUCGGGAUCGAAGCCACGAUCUCCAGUAUACCAGGCGAGGUAAUUAACAUCUCACCACCGUGCCACCCAUCUGCCGAGACUACUACUGCCAGAGCAGACCUUGGAGGUUUGCCGCGUGCCUCCUGUGCAGCAGCUGUGGGAUCUGGCGGAGGGUAGAAUGUGUUGGGGAGGAGCUGAUGGUGGUGGUAGCUUCAACGGCUUUGGCCUCGAUGACAUCUUGAUCUUUUAAAAUAACUAAUGAAGUAUUCAGGCUAGGUCCUAAAGAGUGGCAGUGCGUGAAAUUCAAGUGGUGACGGGUUCCAGAUCAGGGGAGCAGCAGCCAAGAAGGGGAGCGACUGCCCCCUCCAUCGUUUGCAGAUUUCCUCGUCGACUCACCAGGGGAUCGGGGGAUCGCUAUUUGCAGAGUGGAGAGCACGUGCAGGGCUUGGGAGAGUGAUGUGGGGGGUGAGGUACCCAGUUGCCCGGGGGCCCAACCCAUGAAGAAUCUUGAAGACCAUCACAGCAAUCUUGCACUCAAUCCAAAUAUGUUUUUGUUUACAUUGUGGUUGCUGAGCACAGGACCGAAGGCCUGAAACGCCGAGUGACCAGCAACAAAACAGCGCUGUUGAAAUGUGUAAUGGAUAUAAGAGUUGCCACGUGUCCUGAAUUGAGCAAAGGUUAAGAUGAGAACGUUUGGUGGGGAACGAGAUGAUGGGAGGGAAGAAGUAGAAUGAGACACUUUACACAGUUGCUGAGGCCAGCGACCUCAUGGCCCAAAACUUCACAACGGCCAGAAAACAAACGGCACUAUAAAUGUUACAAUAGAUAGGCCUCGGCAAGGUAAGGUCAUUUACCCUUUUUACCGGGUCAAAGGGUAAAGGUGUUGAUAUGCUCAGGGGUAAGGUAAAGGGUAGGGUAAAAGUAGCGCGGCGAAGUAUUACCCGGUAAACACCUUGUUUACCGCUCGCUAAAAACUCCGUGGCGCAGUCCGUGGCCUCCAUUUAAAAUUGGAAUCAUCGAGAGUAUUCGAUAUGAACAAAGCGCUCUACCUAGCAUUUACCUGUUCUAAACCUUUUUCAUGUGUAGUAGUACCCCAGUAAUUACCCUGUGAUCGGGUUAUUUGUACGGGGUAAGGGUAAAAGGUCGGAUAAAGAUAGGCUCGUUGCUUUUGACCUUUUACCUUACCUUGCUAAAGGGUAAAAGGUAGGGGAUAGAGUGAUUGCAUUGUGGUAAGGGUAAAGGUAGGCUCAUUGUUUUGACUUUACCUUGCAGAGGCCUAACAAUAGAUGAGAGUGUUGUGGACCUGCAAGUGCGGUGGUAGUUGAGACGAAACGCCCGGGUCUGCUGGUGAACAAUCUGUGAGGACGAGUUAAGUAGUCUUUUGAGUCUCGUCGCAUUCUGCAGUCAAUCUGUUUUUUUACGUGCCAAUAUUUGUUCAGGAAGGCCGCGGAGUAAUGAAUUCACGAAUUUCGAUUUAACGCUUUCGUGACUGCAGGGCUUCAUCUUCUUGGUUCUUUCGGUAAAGUCACGUAGAAGGGAAGUAAUAAAAUAAUAAAAAUAAAACAAUAUUAUAAAAAUGUUUUAUUUUUAUAAUAAAAUAAUAAAAAUAAUGUUUUAUUUUUAUAAUAAAAUAAUAAAAAUAAAACAAUCAUUUUUUAUUAUUUUAUUACGUGACUUUACUGAAAGAACCAAGAAGAUAACUUCGCGAAGUUAAGACGCGGGGUGGUGAACGCAGGCGCGAGAUUCUCUGCCUCGGGUGGAGAUAGAAAAUUCCGUAAACAGGGCGACGCUCCGAAGGACAUUGUCGUCUUAGCGUGGAGGAUUUCGCAGCCAGUGUUACGAUUCGUUUAUCGACUGUUGAGGGGUUACAACCGAAUGUAAUCGCCAAAUUUGGUGGUGAGAAUUUGCCGUGAAGCUUUUUGGCGGUGAGCUGACACGAUGACAAUUGGCUCAUUUAAAGCCCUUGUACGCCGUGCGGUUUGGUCCGCGUCAAUAACGCCUUAGAAAGGAAAGAAGUCUAAAAUAGACGACGUCACUCUACCCCUCUGGGCCUCUCUCUGUGCUGUUAGGGGCCAUUGCACCGAGCGCUAUCGCAAGAUAAUUUGUUCAAGCGGCCGAACCCAAAAUGUAAUUACGAGACAUUAAUACCUUCGUUACCGCAUUUAGCAUCGCGAUAAACGCCGUGCCUUGCAGAGAAGCGUUUAUGCCGCAACACGUGGUCAUUCUAAAUUUAGCACGAGUUAAAUUUCGAUUCAAAGCUUUCGUGACUGCAGGGAUUCAUCUUCUUGGUUCUUUCGGUAAAGUCACGUAGAAGGGAAGUAAUAAAAUAAUAAAAAUAAAACAAUAAAAUAAUUCUCAC